AGCUAUAAAAUCUAAAUCGCAAAUCAGAUUUGGUUUCUCACUGUUGUCGGUUCGGUUUUGUGGACAAAGAAGAAGCUUCACGAUCAUCAGCAACAGAUAGGACUUUAGGAUGGAAAUGGAUUCAUGUUCAACUCUAGACAUGUUGAAUAAUCUGCCAGAAAGUAUACUAGAAAACAUCUUUUCACGUUUGCCGACGAGGGAUAUGGUGAGAACCAGUGUCCUAUCAACUAAGUGGAGACACAAAUGGAUUUCAGUUCCACAUCUCUUCUUCAAUGAUGAAUGUAUACCAGUUUCUAAUGGUUCGGUUGGUCAUGAUAAACUUGUGAAAAUUAUCAAUCAUGUUCUUCUACUUCAUAGAGAUCCAAUUCUAACAUUCAAAAUCUCUAGUUCAUGGUUGCAAACCUGUUCAGAGAUAGAUAGUUGGAUUCUUUACCUCUCAUUAAAUUCUUCAACUUUGACCGAAUUUAAACUUAAGAUUUCUAAAUCUGUGCGUCAUAGUGUUCUUCCAUGUUUAUUCUCAUUUAGAAAACUGAUUCAUCUAACCCUAGUUGGUUGUAUAAUUGUAACUCCUAUGAGGAUUGAUGGCUUUAGUUGUCUCACAAGUCUGGUUUUUCAGAAAGUCACACUCUCUGGUGCGACAUUGAAAUGUUUGGUUUCUUCCUGUCGUCAACUAGAAAGGUUGACAUUGAUUGAUAUGGAUGGUCCUACUUAUAUUGAACUUAGCAAUCCAAAACUCAAGUACUUGCAAAUCUCUGGAAGAUUUAUUGGUAUGUGCCUUAAAGAUUUAAGACAUUUAGUUUAUGCAUGCUUUAAUGCGACAACUCCGGCUCUUCUUGGCCAACGGAGAACCUGCAAUUUUAGCAACAUUCUUGGCUCUCUAGUCAGUAUUGAAAAGCUUGUCAUGGGAGGCUGGUUUAUGCAGUCCUUGGUUGUUGGUGAUGUGGGGACUAGGCUUCCAUCUACUUAUGAUCAUUUGAAGAGCCUUUCCUUCCCAUUAAACGCGGAGGAUAUGAAAGAGAUUUUAGUUGCUAUAUGUUUACUUAAUAGCUCCCCUAAUUUGCAAGAGCUUGAAAUCUUGCUUUGGCAUGAAAGGGGCAAUGGGAUUGUUACCAUCAUGGAUGUGCUAGAAGCUGAGGAUCAAUUGGAGUGUACAUUCAACAAACUCCGGAUUGUUAAUAUUUCUACACUCUUUGGCAUGGAAAUUGAAUUGGUACUCGUUAAAUUUAUCCUUGCCAAUUCUCCAGUACUUGAGACAAUGAAUAUCAGUUCUGCAAAAAACGGCAUUGAAGUAGUGACUUUUUUGAAAGUGUUGCUUCAAUUCAAAAGAGCUUCACCACAAGCAAAAAUUGUGUACUUGGAUCCUGAAACCUGAUAAAAGUGAUCCAAGUUGAUGAUCACUUGAGUGUGUGUAUGUGUGUGUGUGUCGUCAAAUAUAUAUGUGGAUGAAAAUUCAUGUUGCCAAUCAAAACUAGUAACUAUGGCUUGAUUUUUCGUUGUA